CAACUGUACAGCAAGAGCAAGAGCAACGUAAACAUGACUCCCCCUCGUCCGUGCGGGUAUCGCUUCUUGACACACCGGGCCAUCACCAGGAGCUCCACGCGUUGAGGUGCUGCAGGACAAGGGACGUGGCGUAUACGUAGGUGCAUCUGAGCAGGAAGAACACCGCCAGCGUAGGUGUGCUGUGCCGGGCCCAUGGCGGUGUGCGUGGCGGUCAUCGGUAAGGAGAACAGUCCACUGUACGUGUGGGUGGGCAGUGGGCGGGAGGAGCUGCAUCUGCAUUACUUGGCUCACACGGGACUGGACGUGAUACAGGAGAAGGUGGCAGCUGUCAGCAAGACUCCUGGCGAUACCCGAGAACUCUAUCUUGGUCUCCUCUAUGCCUCAGAGGAAUAUAAAGUCUUUGGUUACACCACCAACACCAGAGUCAAGUUUGUGAUCAUCACAGAUGCAGCCAACACCACCCUGCGAGACAAUGAAAUCAGAAUGAUGUUCCGUCGUCUGCACAACAUGUAUACCAAUGUUGUUUGCAACCCGUUCUACAUCCCAGGAGAGCAGAUCACCUCCAGGGAGUUUGACACGGGUGUGGCAGGACUGGUGGCUGGAAACUAAAGGAAAUGGUAAUCUCUAUCCUCAUGUUGAUAAAAGUUUUCAUUUUUAUAGUUUAUCAUCAGUUUAGUAUAAUAUGAUGUCAAAAGUUUAAUAAACUUUUACAAUGUGUUCAUUCCUACAUAUGAUUAGUUGAAAAGGCUACUACUAUUUACUUUCAUUGGAUGUAUUUUGUACUUACUAGAAAAUGAAAAUAUUUUUUAGUAGCUACUAGACUUAUAGUUAACAUAAAGAUAAAUGAUAAUAUAUGCUAUAGUACCUUUCUAGGUGGUGUAAAAUGAUGUCUUCAUCAAUAUUUUAUGGUGGGUGUUCAUGGAUUCUUUGAUGUUAAGAAAAAAAAUGAUGGAGUUUAAACACAGAUUCUUCCAAAUUCUUCAUUUUAUGUCACAUUCUAUGAAUAUUUAUUAAAUGUAUUAAAGACUACCAUCCAAC